CGGACUUUACGACAAGCGUACGCGAGUUAACAGUUACACCUAGAUCAUCCGUUCAAAGCUACACUGCGCUGUUGAAGUGUGCAACGAGUGGUCUACGUGUCCCAGCAAUCGAAUUGUCAUUUUGCCAAUGAGUCUCGCUUGAUGAUCACAUCCAAGUAAGGGAGCCGUACGCACACCUGCGCAAGACAAUUAACGAUUGAGGUAUUAAAAUACACGCGUGAACGCAUUUGGAAAGAAUGUGGUUUUUCAGCAGCACUUGCAAGAGCAAAGCGCGCCUAAUUGGAAAAACUGUUGUUAUCACCGGUGCAAAUACUGGCAUUGGCAAGGAAACUGCUCGUGAUCUUUACAGGCGAGGUGCUAGAGUGAUAUUAGCGUGUCGGAACCUCGAUAAAGCAAAUGAAGCUGCCGAAGAAAUCAAGAAAGUCCCGCCGUCCAGGCCCGAAAGAGAACAAUUCCAAGGUGAACCGGGUGAGGUUGUCGUCUGCAAGCUCAAUCUCGCAAGUUUGGCAAGCGUGCGAGAAUGCGCGAAGGAGCUAGCGAAUUCAGAAUCGCAAAUCCACCUGUUGAUCAACAAUGCCGGUGUGAUGAUGUGUCCGCAAGAGAAGACCGAAGACGGUUAUGAAAUGCAAUUUCAGAGUAAUCACCUCGGACACUUUUUGCUCACGCUGCUGUUACUCCCAAAGAUCAAAGCUUCGGCACCAGGCUGCAGGAUCAUCAAUGUCUCUUCCUUGGCACACAAUCGUGGGAGGAUGCACUUCGAUGACCUGAAUUUCGACAAGGGAUACGUGCCUCUGGCAGUUUACGAGCAGUCCAAAUUAGCCAAUAUAUUGUUUACCAAGGAACUCACUAGAAAGUUGAAAGAGGCGGAGAUACAAGGAAUAACGACGUACUCGCUGCAUCCCGGCGUAAUAUCGUCGGACUUGGGGCGUCACUUGAACAAGACGGCGUUCCCAGGUGCGCGGACGGCAUUGUCAUUGAUCAAGUUCUUCAUCAAAACGCCGGAACUCGGGGCGCAGACCAGCGUCCACUGCGCCACUGACGAGGCUGCGGCAGGCGAGACGGGACUCUAUUACAAAGAAUGCGCAGUUGCAACGCCAGGCUCUCACGCGGAGAACAAAGAGGACGCAGCUCGCUUGUGGACCGAGAGCUUGAAAAUGGUCGGACUGCCAGCCAAGGAAAACCUCGCCGAAUUACUCACCGCCAUCGAGACCGAAAUCUUGCCGUCGUUCUCUUAAAAGCCAAAUUAUAAGCUUAUCUUGAAAACCUCACGAUUACCAUCUGUACUACCCAUUGUGUUAUGAUUUUUUCACAAUACUUCCCCAACGUGCAGUAUUAUUUUCAUUUAUUACAUCAAUUGUGCUUACGUUGAGUGCAUAUCCUUUUGUUUCUUUUGUAUUUUUAUGCUCGAGACUGUUGUUGUCGAUUCAGAAAAGGCCGAAAGGAAACUUAAAUGUUUGCGUGUCGAAAUAAAGUAAGUGUUUUAUACGUUGGUCGCUCGACUAUCCACUCUGCUCUCCUCGAAAGCCGAUGGGCAGCGUGUCGUGGCAUCU